AUCAUAUAUUUUGCUCCGAGCUGGAAAUGUCAAUGUCUUUUUAAUUCCCAAAUUAACCUCCGGCAUUCAAUUGAAUUUCCUCUAACGGCACACCCCUUCCACCCCAAAAUGGCGCCGUCCACCUCCAUCACCACCACCACCACCACCAAAGCCGCCGCCAACCGGUGCUUUUCGCCGGCGGAUGAAUUCUCCGACGAAGAAGACGAUCAGCUGAUCAUCCUCCAUCGGCCGCGUCGGGCGAGGAAGUAUAAGUCGGUGAAGCUGCUAAUGAGGAUGGCUAAAAGGGUGGAACUCCCGUACCGCCCCGAAGAUUAUUACGGUGUGGUCGACGACGACGUCGACGAUCACGAUUCCGGUAAUGGCGGUGACGGAGAAGACGAUAAGUACAGCGAAUUGGGGUGUGAGGAAUGCGGCUCAGGGGAACGAGCUGACCAGAUUUUGAUUUGUGACAAAUGUGACAGAGGCUUUCACAUGAACUGCCUUAGGCCCAUUGUUACUAGUGUCCCCCCUGGCUCCUGGUCUUGCCCUAAUUGCACCGACCCACUUCCCCAAAGGCCUGAAUUUAAAUCUCUUACCCAGACGACGAUCAUGGAUUUCUUUGGGCUUCAGAAAUGUACGGAAUCAAUGGAGAAACUUGAUUCAGUUUUAGGGAUGAGAAGAAAGCGGAGGCGUAAUGGUAGUUUAGUGUUCCAUAAAAAGAGCAGGAGAUUGUUGCCCUAUGUGCCAGUUGAAGAUGAGUCUCAAAGGCUAAGGCAAAUGCAAUCUCUCGCUUCUGCAUUGAUGGCAAUGAAUAUAAAUUUCAGUUCCGAGCUAACUUACAUGCCUGGCAUGGCUCCUAGAUCAGCUAAUAAGGCCAGAUUAGAAAAGGGUGGCAUGCAGGUUCUUUCAAAAGAAGACUUUGGUACGUUGCAGUUUUGUAAUGCUAUGGGAAUAAGAGGCUUAUGUCCUCCACUUAUGGUUGUGUAUGACGCAUAUGAAGGGUAUAUCAUAUAUCUAUUCCCUUUUGUCUUUAGUAGUGGCUCAGUCUCCAUUGAUCUAAUUUGCACGGUUUAUGCAUUGAUCUUCAAUUUUUACAGCUAUACUGUGGAGGCUGAUGGUCCCAUAAAGGACCUGACAUUGAUAGCAGAAUACGCUGGAGAUGUGGACUAUUUGAAGAAGCGGGAGCAUGAUAACUGUGAUAGCCUCAUGACACUUCUUUUAGCCAAAAACCCUUCUAGGAGCCUUGUAAUCUGCCCUGAUAAGCGUGGAAAUAUAGCUCGUUUUAUAAAUGGAAUAAACAACCAUUUACCGGAGAGUAGGAAGAGGCAGAAUCUGAAAUGUGUAAGGUACAAUGUGAAUGGUGAAUGUCGUGUCCUCUUGGUCGCAACUCGCGAUAUUGCCAAGGGGGAGAGAUUAUAUUAUGAUUAUAAUGGACAUGAGUACGAAUACCCUACUCAUAUGUUCAUCUGAGUUUCUGAAGCAUUGGAUUCCAACCAUCGGUGAAGGAUUAUAGGAUUACUUUAGGUCUCCAUUCAUAUACGGCAGUUGCCAAUUUUGCUCCGACUUAGAAGUGGUGCUGCCAGGCCAUUAUGUGGCCAGAAUACAAAAUUCAGAGAGGAUUAUUCACCCCCCAAUUGCCCUAAGAAACACAGAUUAGGCUGAUUAGAUGCCUUUUUAAAUGCUGAAUUUAGCAUAAUGAAUGUUUUGAGGUAUUUUGGAACCUCGUAAACUAUUUUCAAAGCACAUUUUUUUUUUUUUUUUU